UGUAUGUCUCGCACUGCACUAGCACACGUUGUUCCUAUUAUUUGCAGGACAGCGAUUUACUACUUAUUUCUUUCUGGUUGCACAGUAAGGUGUAUUUCAUGCUCGAGUAAAUUAGUGCUUCAAAAGAUUGAGGAUGAAGAUUUGCGUUCAAUGAAAUUUCUCAGUCACAGCAGUGCUCCAAAGGUUAAGCAGAUCUGUCAGCGGACCAUGGUUGAAUCGCACAUUGAUUUUCUCAAUUCCAUUACUACAGACAUAGUAAAAAACGAAGAUCAGAAGGACCUAUGUAAUCUUUACUCGUUGCUAAAGCCGAUUCCGAAGGGGCUGGCGCUGUUGACAAGGGAAUUUGAAAACCACAUCAAAUCGAUCGGGCUGCAGUGCAUGAAGAACAUGACCGACAGCAACUUACCGCAAUACUUUGUCGAAAGCACGCUGGACAUUUUUCACAGGUUCAGCGAAUUCGUUCGUUCCCUGUUCCGCAACGACGCCGAGUUUUGGAAUGCACUUGACAGGGCCUGCCUGUCGAUCAUUAACUACAGAGAACAAGGAAGCGGCAUUCCGAAAGCUGCUGAAUGGUUGGCGAAGCACGUCGAUCAGUUACUGCGGAAGACUACGAAAGGUCUUUCGGAGAGUGAAAUCGAAGAUAAACUGGCAUAUGCCAUCGUCGUCUUCCGUUACAUAGAAGAUAAAGACGUUUUUCAGAAGUUUUACUCAAGGAUGCUCGCUCAACGACUUAUUCACUCGUUGUCGGUCAGUAUGUACGCUGAGGAAUCGAUGAUCGGAAAGCUGAAGCACGUCUGUGGCUAUGAAUUUACAAGCAAAUUCCAACGAAUGUUCACCGAUGUUGGUGUCAGUAAAGAGUUGACCGGGCGUUUUUUGAAUAUGUUAGAGGAUAAAAACGAAACUUUGGAUGUUGGCUUCCAGGUGCUGGUGCUUCAGGUUGGUUUUGUCUUUGCUUUAUGUGGGCGUCCCUGCCUCGCGUUCAUGUUCUCUUUGUUUACAGGCCGGUGCUUGGCCGCUGUCCGCACCCACGAAUCUCGUUUAUCCAUCCGUGAAUAUGGUAAGCUGGUCUGGUUGCACUUGACCGGCCGCAAAAUCACCUGGCUCUACAAUCUGUCAACAGCUGACUUGAAAUUGAAUUACUUGCCCCGGUCCUAUACGGUAACGGUGACGCUCUAUCAGUUGUCUGUCCUGCUGCACUUCAACGACGGUGAUACGGCGACGAUGGAGGACUUCAAGACAAUAACCCAGGUGACAGACGAAUCGUUGGAGCGGCAUCUGAGGUGUCUUGUCGAUACCAAACUCCUGCUAUGCGACGUACGGACAAUGCAAGUGAAGUCUGUGCGUUGUUUUUCAAUAUCUGUUUGCAGACUGGCAGUUCGAUUGACAGCCACAGAGUGCGAACACGUCGGCAACACCGUACAGCAGGACCGAAAAUACUUUCUGGAAUGCGCUGUCGUGCGAAUUAUGAAGUCCAGCAAACUUCUUAAGCACAACCAGCUUGUUCAGGAGGUCAUACAACAAGCGAGGCCACGUUUCGUGCCCGAAGUUCAUUUGAUAAAAAAGGUUAUUGAACAGCUAAUCGAGAAGCAGUACCUAAAGCGCACAGAGAAUUCUGAUGAAUAUGCAUACUUGGCAUAA